CUUGCACCGAAGCAUUAUUCUGUAACGAUAUUCCUUGUGGGGUAGGUCGAACAAAAUAGCGGUCGGUAAUUUCAGUUGAAGGCACAUUAAACAAACAAGAGAAAAAUAUUUUUCGUCGAAUGAUUAAAGAAGUGACCUUUCUUUUUAAUUUCACCAUUUGAUAUUUUCGAGAAAGAAAACACUCGUCAAAUUCUUUUCGACUUUUUUUAAUACCGACGGAAACGAAGCUUAUUUCACGAUUUGUUUUUCGAUCGGAUUACUUCUUUGAACUUUUGGAGUGAAAUUGUGGGAUUCUCUCUCUUUUUUUUUUUUUUUUUUUUUAAUAGUGACAUAUUUAACGUAACAAGAUCACGGAGUUUUUAAAGCGAAAAGGAAGACAAUUUAUUCGAAGCAAUGGCAGAAAAGAUGUAUUAUUGGGACGGGGAAAAGAAUCAAACUGAUUCCGAUCAGACUUUCAUAGAAUUUAAAGCGAAAUCUGCGGCAACUGCAGGGAAGAAGAAAAAAGAGGAAUCGCAUGCCGUUACCAAAACUUCGUCGUCCUCUAAUCAAGAAAGAUCAACGGAUUUUGUCAGUCGCGAAGAAGAUGCGGAACGCGGUGGUUGGGACAAUAAAUUAGACUUCCUCUUCUCGUGCAUCAGCGUUUCCGUCGGCCUAGGAAACGUCUGGAGGUUUCCUUACCUUUGCUACAAAAACGGUGGUGGUGCAUUUCUUAUCACUUACGGUAUCGCUAUGCUGUUCUGUGGGAUUCCAAUAUUUUUUCAAGAAGUCGCCAUAGGACAGUAUCUUGGAGCUGGUGGAAUGACUCUUGUUAGUCAACUGUGCCCCUUGUUACAAGGUGUAGGAUAUGCCACGAUGACUAUCGUUUUUUUUCUUGACAUAUAUUACUGCAUAAUUAUUGCCUGGACUCUCUUUUACCUUAUAAGCACCUUCAUUAAUUUACCUGGUGUCCCUUGGAGUAGUUGCGGACAUUGGUGGAAUACAGAGAAUUGUUUCGAUGCGUCGGUAGAAAGUAAGAUCAGUUCCGACACAAAUGAUACCAUGAACAUGACUUACCAUCACACCACACCUGUAGAAGAAUUUUACGAACGACGAGUGCUCGGAAUUACGUCUGGUAUCGAAAACAUCGGUGGAAUCCAGUGGGAACUUCUGGGUUGUUUGAUACUCGGCUGGCUACUCGUUUACUUUAUCAUCCGACGUGGCCUCCAUCAAAGCGGUAAGAUCAUCUGGUUUUCAGCCUUGUUCCCGUACGUGGUGCUUUUCAUUCUUUUGGGAAGAGCGGUGACCUUGGAGGGAUCCUACGAUGGUUUACUGUAUUACGUGACGCCAAGAUGGAAAGAAUUGUUAAGUCCCGGACCGUGGAUCGACGGGACGACACAAAUUUUCUUCGCUUACAGUAUUGGAACCGGCGCCUUACCUGCCUUGGGAUCUUACAAUAGAUUUCAUCACAAUUGUUAUAGAGAUGCACUAAUUACUUGCGUAGUCAACACCCUGACUUGUCUUCUGGCCGGGUGUCUGACAUUUUCGAUAUUGGGUCACAUCGCUUUGGAACAAGGUACUGAGGUGUCUGAGGUCGUCAAGAGCGGACCUGGCCUUGUGUUUCUCACGUAUCCUGAGGUCGUUCUAAAGCUUCCUGGCGCUCCGAUUUGGGCUAUUAUAUUCUUCGUCAUGCUUCUCAUUCUCGGAAUCGAUAGUGAAUUUUGCAUCGUCGAUUCGUUCAUCACCGGUAUCAUCGAUAAUUGGCCGAAUCUUCGCCCUCACCGAAGCAAAUUCACCAUCGUCAUUUGUACUCUGAUGUUUUGCUUAGGACUUCCUAUGGUGACAAAUGGUGGCGUCUAUAUAUUUCAAUUAAUGGAUUUCUAUUCGGCAAGUGGAAUGUCCAUUUUAUGGGUAUGCUUUUUCCAAACGAUAGCCAUAUCAUGGUUUUUCGGAGCACAAAAGUUUUGUGACUGCGUGCAUCAGAUGAUGGGAAUACGAUUGAAUAAAUUUUGGUACAUUUGUUGGAUCUUCUUUGCGCCAGUGAUCAUGGCAUUUAUCUUCAUAUUUCAAUGCGUCCUGUACAAACCAUUGAAAUAUGGAAACGAAUACGAGUAUCCGAUAUGGGCGGAAAUCGUUGGUUUUUGUUUAAGUAUUUCGUCGAUGAUUUGGAUACCCCUUUAUGCGAUUUAUUACGUCUUUGUAACACCAGGAUCGAUUAAGGAGAACAUUUCGAAGGGACUAAAACCAAACAUUAAGUCUCAUCCGAAAUUACCUAAAGGAGAAAAAUCAACGGUAAUACCGAUGUCGGAAAGCAGCGCUGGCUUGAUAACGAAAAACAGUAGUUUUUUAAGUCAAACAUGAUUGACGUUUAGUAUCCUUCUUGUAACUAUUUAGAUCGAGUUUAGCGUUUAAGAGUGAAAUUUAUCUUCAAAUUUAGCGAAAUGGCAAUGUCGUUGAAAUCUUUCUUUUAUAUAUAUAUAUAUACAUGUAUGUAUGUAUAUGUAUACAUUUAUUUAUCAAUCAAUUUUUUCGGACGCUAUUUUAGUUAUUUCGGAUUGUUUCAAUAUAUUUUUUGUUGAAACCUUAUUAAUAUAGGAACGAACGAGGGCUGUGCGAUUUAUAGGGCAGAUCUUACCUUUUUGAUUAAUUUAGUAUUCAAUAGCAGAUAAGCGUUGACAGGAAAAUACGAAACAAGCAGUAUUUCUGACCAUGACAAAGGGAAAAGAUUGAUGAAAUGUGAAUUUUGUCAUACGUAUUUCCACUUAGUUUUUACAUAAAAAACGACGAUGACGCGCAGAUAUAGUACGAACCUAACUCUUUCUAAGGCUUCCUAUAUUUUACGUAAAAAUCUGUUACUUUUUAUUUUCACAUAACGUUCUUAUGAUAAUGAAAAAUGAUAUUUCUAGUAUUAAUAUAAAUUACUAUAUAAUAUUAUAAAAAAGUAAACAAUAUAAGUGUUUUAUUACAGUUUUAUUACGAUACAUAUAUAAUGUAUAUCGGAUAAAACAAUAUUCGACAUGUACAUCUGUCGUCUCGAUGUGUACAUUUCAUUGUGUAUUUCAUUGUAAAUCACAAGAUUUUUAUACCAAUUUAUAAAAAAAAAACAAAAGAACAAGAUUAAUUUCAAAACUUAUUUAUGCAUGAACAAGAUGUAUUAUACGAGUUGUCAUAGGUCAUAAGGCGCUAAAUUAUGAUAUAGUUUCUAUAGGUAAAAUACCCGUCACAAAGAACGUAAUAUUUUUUUUAUUAUCUGCAAACACAAUCGCCGGUAAUUACAGUUAAUUUUAUUAUUUUUCUUAUUUUAUCAUAUUUGUACCCUAAACGAAUUACAAUCAAAAGAUUCCAAUUGUAAAGAGAUGUUAGAAAACUUCUCUAAAUUCUUAUAUGUAUGGGAGAUAAUAUAUAUAUAUGUAUAUAGAUAGAUAAAAAUCUAUACUACAGCUA